UGAAAUUUCUAUCUUUCGGCUUUUGUCUUUAAUUCUGCGUUUGUUUUUAGUUUUCCAUAGAAAUCUUUCUUUCGUUCUUUGAGAAAUUGAGCAAAGGAAUGAAUGAUGAUACGCCGUCGUCACCAGCUCGAAAGAAAUUAAGACAAAUAAGUAUAAUGGAUAGCAUUUCAAAACCAGGAACCACAGAAAUAAACCGUCUCAGUCUAGGAAUCUCAAGUACUGAUUGUACUAUAGAUAUUGAACCAGAAGAAGAUGAUGUCACGAUUACAGAACAAGCAAUUACAACAACCACAACAUACAGUAGUAAAUUACAAGAUGACUAUUUAACUGAGAAGUUUUGGAAAGGAAAACCACUUACUGAGAUGCCCAGUUUGUUUAAUCAAAAAUGUGUGCAAUUACUUGACAUCAAACCUGGCAGAGAUCACACAGUUUUAUUUAAUGUUUCAUUUUUAAUGUCAGAUGCCACCCUAGAACCACAUCCAACCAGCUAUACUGAUAAAUGGGAUACUGAACAUGUCAAGAUGCCUUGUUCUCCCAGCAAUCUAUACCCAGUCAAUAUUAAUGGUAAUUCUGCUUUGGAACAAAGAUGGAAAUUGGUUAAACAAGCUUUCUGCGAUAAAAAAAUCAGUUGUUCGCUUGACCUGGAGAAAGCCAUUUUAUCCUAUAACAGCCGGUACAAUCAAAUUUGGAAUUUGAAAGGGUUUCAUGAAUUUGUUGACAAGGAGCUAUCGACAACCGAGAGACAAAAAUUGUUUGACCAUAUUUUACCGGGCAUCAUCCGAUUGGCCAUCGAAGUUCCAAAUCGCGUCACCCGAACACCAGUUUUACUGGUCCGUAACAAAUCACAUAGCAUAUCAAUGUCGCAGUCGCAAAUUGCUUCACUGUUAGCGAAUGCAUUCCUUAAUACUUAUCCAAGGAGGAACACUCAGAAAAGACAGUCUGAAUUCGCUUCUUACCCAGACAUCAAUUUUAUUAAGUUACUUGAAAAUCGAUCAAGAUCCAGUUGGGUUUACGGGAAACUUCGAUGCCUGCUGAAUUACUUUGAUCGUGUUAUAACAGAGGAACCGAAAGGUGUGAUAACCUUUACACGUCAAGUGGUUAGUGAUUCGGAAAAUCCGAGCUGGCACACAGCUUCAGAGACACUUAAUGGUUUUCAUGUAUCCUCUGAAGGAACUAUUGAAAAAGAAGGCGGUGGACUGCUUCAAGUGGAUUUUGCGAACAAAUUUAUAGGAGGGGGAGUUCUAAAUUCAGGCUGUGUUCAAGAAGAAAUCCGCUUUGUCAUAUGCCCCGAAUUGAUUGCUGCUUGUUUAUUUUCUGAAGUGAUGGAACAUAAUGAGGCCCUCAUCAUUACAGGUUGCGAGCAAUAUAGUCGACAUUCUGGUUACGGCGAUACUUUCCGGUUUGAGGGAGAUUUCGUUGAUAACACGCCUCGAGAUGUAUACGGCCGAAGAUUAUGCCAGGUGGUCGCCAUAGAUGCCACUCCUUUCCGCAGCAAAGAAUCUCAGUACAAACAGGAAUCUAUCGACAGGGAACUUCGAAAGGCUUUUGCUGGAUUCCACUGUCGAUAUGGAGUGGCUUUGACGGCGGUGGCAACUGGAAACUGGGGCUGUGGUGCUUUUCGGGGCGAUCCACGUCUAAAGUGCUUAAUUCAACUUAUGGCAGCUGCUGUAACUCACCGCGACGUAGUUUAUUUCACCUUUGGUGACAAACAAUUACGCGAUGACCUUUACAACAUGUAUUUCCUACUGAAAGAAAAAGACGUCACUGUUGGUACAUUGUACACUAUGCUCUGCCAGUACGGCCAGCAAAUCGGAGGAUCACGGUCCCCUUCACUAGACCUCUACGGCUACCUUUACGCAUUACUGGAUACCUUGGACUCCGAGGAUGGAGUCACCAAUUGCAGCUCCGAAACUAACAAAAGCCUCACAGGGAGCGACGUCGAUGUUGCAGUGGGGACAAAUUUAUAAGAACGUCCACCACUACAGGAGCAACGUAAAUCACCAAAAGCAAAAUGCUAAUAUCUACCUUGUGAUUCCGAAUAUGGAGGCGGAUUUUCAUGUUUUGAGUCCAUUUUCGGUAAUGUUGAAGUAACAAAGAAAUGGUUUG